AUGGCUGUGCUUGCAGACUUUCUUAUACUCACGGUGAAAAUAUUUGAAUGCAUCAUCCAUUCCCUGCUUCAGUGGGUAAUUAAACCCCCAGAGAAAACGGUCACAAAUGAAAUCUGCUUGAUAACAGGAGCAGCCAGUGCAAGUGGCGUUGGGCACCUUUUGGCACUGGAAUUUGCCAAGAGGGGAGCUACCCUGGUCUUGUGGGAUGUAGACUCAGAGGGUAAUGAAAACACAGCCAGGGAAGCGCGAGAGCUGGGAGUUCGGGCUUAUGCUUACACUUGCGACGUGAGUCGGCGGGAAGAGGUCUACGCUAUUGCUGAGAAGGUGAAAAGAGAUGUUGGAGAGGUCACCAUCUUGGUCAAUAAUGCCAGCAUCAUAACUCAGAAGCCCAUCUUGCAGUUUCCAGACGAGCUUCUAGAGAGAACCAUGAGGACGAACUGUCAUGCUCAUUUUUGGACUGUCAAGGCUUUCCUUCCGCAAAUGAUCCAGAGUGGACACGGCCACAUCGUCACAAUAGCAGGAUCACUGGGGCUCUUUGCAACUGGUUGCAUGGAGGGCUACUGUGCAAGCAAGUUUGCAGUGGUCGGGUUCCAUGAAGCGCUGAGCCAUGAGCUGAAAGCACAAGGCGUGAGCGGCGUGAAGACGACUCUCGUUUGCCCUUAUUUUGGUGACAUUGGCCUGUCAGAAAGCUUUAGAAACAGGCAAGAGGCCACAAUUUCUCCCCUAAAGCCAGGCUCUUGGGUGAAGUCAGCAAUGCAAGGAAUACUUCGUAAUCAGCCCAUGAUCUGUGUCCCCAGAGGGAUAUAUUUUGCAAUGAUAACAAAAAACUUCCUUCCUUGCGAUGUUCAAGUUCUUGUUCAAAAACUUCUGAGGCUGGACAAGUACAUUCCACAGGAAGAUGCAGAUACUCCUAUUUCAAAGAACAGUAUUUGAAGCAGAUAGCUAGUACAGUGCUGAGGAGCACGGAUGACCAACAAGCAGUGCUGUCCUUCCAUCAGCCCCCUGGGGCAUAAUGAGGGGAGGACCACCUGCCCAGACUUGUAAGAUUUCCCCCUGCAGUCCCCCCCUUCUUUCCAAGAACCUCCUGACCUCCAGGAUCCACUGGGAGGGUUUCUCCUGUGAGGCAGAGAGGAGGUAAAGAUCCCUUCUGUGAUUUCAUCUCCACUCAGAGCUCU